ACUUACACACGUUUAGACGUUUUUACAAAAUAUGCUGGCAGUUCGGUGAGGUCUGGGUUAGAAUAAAUAAGUAGUAUUUAUAUACUUUUUAUAACUACUUACUUAUUUGGUAGAAAUGGGUUUGAUUGAGUAAUUAAUCGGAAAAAUGGUGAGGAAACCGAGGAAAUCGUUCUGGCGCGUGACCAGGAAAACUUUAAAGCAUUUGGGGAUAUUGGGAUUCAGCAAAAAUGAAAACAUCCUCGGUAUCAACCCCAUUAUCGUUUCCACUACCUACAUACUUCUCACUUUGUUCCUCGCAUCUGUAUUAAGAAAAAUAGUAAAAUUAAUUUACGGAGACAGCGAAAAGUUCAGCAAACAGUUACUAUUAGAAUUUAUUGCCACUUUGGAAUUGUGUGCCUGUUGUUAUGAACUCAUUAUAAUUGCUGAUAACUGGGGUAUAUCAGCUUACGCAUUCUACCUAUUUUUGCUGACCGUUUGGUGGGGGUCGAACUGGGGAAGUGCAAGUGCAUGCCCAUACUCUCCUAUAGAAGAAGUUAUUGAAGGUAACCAAGAUAUCAAAACGGCCUUUUGGUUGAUUGGUGCACAAUUAGCAGGGGCCCUUCUAACAUUCAGAUACGUUCAAGUCCUUUGGUCACUAGAGUUAGUAGAAACCCACUUAGACAAAGCCUAUGAAGACUGCACCACAGAUCUGCAAGUAGACACGGGUCUUGGAACGAUAAUCGAAGCUGGAGCUACAUGUCUGUGUAGAAUCGUUUCGAGAAUUUUAAGCGAAUCCGACGCCAAACUGGGCAAUUAUUUCGACGCGUUUUUUGGGACCAUGAUGGUGGUUGCAGCAUUCAAUUUCUCCGGAGGAUACUUCAACCCAGCGUUGGCGACAUCUUUGAAGCUUGGUUGUGAUGGAAAUACCUUUGUGGAACAUGUGAUAGUCUACUGGUUUGGUGCCAUCGCCGGCGCCAUCCUAUCUAUUUUCCUAUAUAAAUCAGUGUUCAUCCAAAACAUAAUAGCUUCAGUGAAGCCAAAAACCGAAUAAGUAUAAUAUGAUGCAUUUAUCUCGAAUGUUGUUAAGUUAAUAAAUUGAAUGGUAAUGGAUGUGUGUUCAAGAUGUUUUAUACCACUGGAAGUGUUGAAUUCGAUAGUAAACAGUUAAUUUACAUAGAAUCUUAUAAACAAGAAAUCCUGACUGUUCACACACCUAUUACCCACUAAAAUGUGUUCAUAACCAUAACGCUCGAAACACACACUAAGAAUUUUGACCGUGCGAUGGUUAAAAGGCGCUAAAAAGCGGCUAGAGCCGCUUUUAGAAGUAUGUCCAAGGUGUUAUGUAACAGAGACCUAAAAUUGGCAUUGAGGAUCCGCCUACUUCGCUGCUACGUGUUCUCGGUCUUACUUUACGGUGUCGAGUCCUGGACUGUGAAAAAAAUUGAUCAAAAUCGCCUUGAGACUUUCGAAAUGUGGUGCUAUAGACGAAUUUUAAAAGUUUCCUGGGUGGAGAAGAUUCGAAACUCCACAAUACUAGAACGUCUCAGCAAAACUACUGAGAUCAUAAAAAGCAUCAAGCAGAGAAAGUUGGUAUUUCGGACAUGUAAUGAGAGGUCCCAAACAUAGGUUGCUACAAAAUAUCAUGCAAGGAAAAAUAGCAGGCAAACGCAGUCCAGGACGAAGAAGAACCUCAUGGUUGAAGAACUUGCGAGAUUGGUAUGGUGUUGAUACAAACAUGCUAUUUAGGGUGGCAGUGAAUAAAAUUAAGAUAGCUAUGAUGGUAACCAACGUUCUGAAAGGACAUGGUACAUGAAGAAGAAGAAGAAUAUAGUUAAAAUGUACAUAGUGGCUCGAGCAAUCAUAAGGAAUCGUUCUCCCUUCACCAAAGCGGUGAAGGGAGAAAGAUUCCAUAUGAUUGCCCGAGCCACUAUGUAGAUUUCAAACGGUCAAAAUUCUUGUUGUGUGAAACAAGCGUAACCUUUGAUGUUAUCGAAAUAAAUGCAAUGCAAAACGAAAUCUGUAACCAUCUUGUUAUUUAAUACAAAAUAAAAAUCUGUUUUCAA